AUGAAGCUCUUGAAGCAGUGGUGGUCAACCGGCGGCGGCCUCCUACACCUCACCAUGCUACUGAGCUUGGCAGGGCUCCGCGUAGAUCUGGACCUGUACCUGCUGCCGCCGCCGCCCACCCUACUCCAGGAUGAGCUACUGCUUCUAGGCGGUCCGACCCGCUCUGCCUCUGCGCUCAGCCCCUUUCCAGCCUCCGGUGGGUGGGGGCGCACCAGCCUGCUUCAUCCCAAGGGCCGGGAGCUGGACCCUGCUGCGUCACUCGAGGGCCAGCUGCUCCGGGAGGUGCKCGCACUCGGGGUCCCCUUCAUUCCCCACACUCGGGUUGACGCGUGGUUGGUGCACAGCGUGGCUGCCGGGGACGCGGCUGGGACCCAUGGGCUACUUGGUGCCGCCGCCUCGUCGGGUGCGGGUGUGGACGGCGGCAGCCAGGCAGCGCCGGGAGGCGGCGGGGGCCCCCGAGCGGGUCGCAGUAGCCCUUUGGCCGCCGAGGAGGAGGAGGAGAAGGCACCCGUGGAACCGACGGMGCAGGUGCCGGACGCUGGCGGACGCGCGAGCCAGGAGAAUCAAGUAUCAAGAGAGAAGUAUGAAGGUAUGGAUCACAGAUCUGAGGAGGAAGAAAAUGAGGAAAGGGUGUUGGGCCAGAAGGAGAAAUUACAACAGAAUAAUGAAGAUGAAAACAAAGUAGCAGAUAAACCUGAGUGGGAGGCGGAAAAGACUGCUGAAUCUAGAAAUGAGAUACAUCUCAAUGGGACAGAUACAUCUUUCUCUCUAGAAGACUUAUUUCAGCUGCUUUCUUCACAACCUGAAUAUUCUCUAGAGAACAUCUCAGAAGAUUUUCCACCUCUUCUAGGGAGUACCAGUGAUGGCAUAAAUUCUUUAGCACAUUACAAUGUAAAUUUUACCCAGGCUAUAAGUCAUGAUGUCAAUCUCCAUGAGGCCAUGUUGUUGUAUCCCAACACCACAUUUAGAAGAGAUCCCGAAGCAAGAACUUCACAGGCACAGGAACAAUUUUUGCAGCUGAAUUUKCAUUCCAAUCCAGAACAAACCCUUCCAGAAACAGGAUUUGUUCCACCUGUUGACAAUCAGAUGUGGAAUCUAACAAGCCAAGACCUUCUGUAUGACCUUGAUGCAAAUAUACUUGAUGAGAUAGACUUAUUGUCAUUAGUCACAGAAGAAAAUUUUGAUCCCAUGGAAAUCUCUCAGCUUUUUGAAGAACCAGACUCAUUGAAUUCAAGUCACCAUUGCAAUUUUUCUCUCUCGGUGUGUGAAGAAGAAGGUGCUAUAGGUUAUAGUAGUGACCCUGUUUCUCCUCAUUAUGACUUAGAAGGGGCUGUAGGAGGCUACUACCCAGAAUCCAGUAAACUGUGUCGCACGCAUCAGAGGAAUGAAUCUGGUUUUCAUGGGGAUCUCACAUUUCACAUAGUUCAUGACCACACUUACCACACGAAGCCAGAUGAACUAGAACCCACUUCUGAAUCGUUUUCAUGGCCUGGGAAAUCACAGAAAGUGAGUAGGUACCUCAAUGAUACACAGAGAAAUCUAAGCCGUGAUGAACAACGGGCUAAAGCUCUGCAUAUCCCUUUUUCAGUAGAUGAAAUUGUCCGUAUGCCUGUUGAUUCUUUUAACAGAAUGUUAAGCAGGUAUUAUCUGACAGACUUACAAGUCUCACUCAUUCGUGAUAUCAGACGAAGAGGGAAAAACAAAGUUGCUGCCCAGAACUGUCGUAAACGCAAAUUAGACAUAAUUUUGAAUCUAGAAGAUGAAGUGUGCAAUUUACAAGCAAAGAAAGAGACCCUUAAAAGAGAACAAGCCCAAUGCAACAAAGCAAUUAACAUAAUGAAACAAAAACUGCAUGACCUCUGUCAUGAUGUUUUUAGUAGGUUAAGAGAUGGUGAGGGCAGGCCUGUCGAUCCAAACCUGUAUGCACUUCAGUGCAGUCAUGAUGGAACUGUUUUGAUUGUGCCCAAAGAACUGGUGACCUCAGGCCACAAAAAGGAAGGCCAAAAGGGAAAAAGGAAAAAGUGAGAAGAAAUUUAAAAUUGAUUCCUUUUAAUAUUCAGAAACAUUAGUUGGGUCGCAGACCAUUGAAACAGCGUAAAUUCAGUUCUAACUUUGGGAUUUUAUUCAAGUGUGUGUUUUAAUCUAUUACUGCAACUUGAAUUACUUAAGGCAAUAUAUAUUGAUGUUUGUUAUAUAUAUAUGAUGUUUGUAUCAAUACAUAUUUAAGAUCACACUUCAGGGAAAAGGUGGGGGAGUAAGAAUAUUGACAAUAAGGCGGACACUGGGGAUCAUGGUACAAACCAGCCUUAAC